UGCUGCUGCAGCACAUACCUUCAUCUGGGACUCUGGUGCAUUCUGUGUCUCUCCACUUCUCUCUGUACCUCUCUCAACCUGUGUCUCUGUACACUAGUUUUUGACUGUCUGGACUAAGGUGUUACCGUUAAAAUAGCAGAUAUGGCGAUCACAGUGUUUUACUCCAGUGUGUCCGGCUCUCUGGAGAUGAAGAAACGUCAAGAUAGAAUCAUCUCUGUCCUGUCCUCCAAGAAUAUCCCUUAUAAACUGGUGGACAUUUCUCAGAACUCUGACAUGAAGGAUUUAAUGAGACAGAGGGCAGGGAACCCAACUGCACUGCCACCACAAAUAUGUAACGGGGAUGUCUACUGCGGAGACUUCAUCGCGUUUGAGAAUGCAAUCGAGAUGGAAGAAUUAGAUGCGUUUCUCAAACUUUAAAAGGAAUGGCGACCAGCUCAACCACAUCUCCACCUUCACUGCAAUAUCUACAUAUCUAGUUUAACAAACAAAAAAUAAAAGCCAUAAAGACAUAUAUAGUAAUAAUUCUGUUUCCUUUUGUUUGACUUGAUGAUGUCAGGUGAAUUAUUUGUAUUUGAUAAGUAAUGCUGAAAACUAAAGAAAAUGUAAAUGAAAAAUGCACAUUUGAACAAUUUGUAGGAUUAAGAUAAAUAAUUUUUAAAAAAGUAAAUGUUUGACGUCUGCCUCUUGCACUCACUGACACAACUUUCUUGUCAUUUCUUGUUUUUGUAAAAGGCUAGUUCAACAGGGUGUCUCUCUGCAGAUUUAACAGUGAACAGGUUAAAGAAAUGCAAACAAUUACAUAAUUAUAUUCCAACCUUGCAAUAAUGUAACUUAAUGUCAUGAAGGCUCAACAGGUAGCAUCAUUAGCCCAUCAGAGCAGAGCACUGCAACACAACAUUUGUGUCACCAAACCUACACUCAGCAACACUCGUGAUCUAACCAUAUUUGCCCUUACAGUAACUGAAAAAACGACAGAGGAACAGUAGGAAGAAAACUAGAAUAAGAUGUCAAAGACAAUCAUUCUUGUAAAAUUGCAAAACCACACAUAAACAGACAACAAUGACCUAACCUCCGAUUUGAAUUUGAAUCAGCUGACCAUGGUAUGUUAUUGUUAUGAUCUGACACAUACAACAAUUGAUGUUGACAUGUUUCAGGGAUAGAUUUGGUGACAUAAAGCAAAUUGUAGCUAUCCCAAAUCAAGAAAGAAUGGAAUGAUGCACUUGGCAGAGAUGACUGGGCAAUAUAAAACUCAAUUAAUGCGUAUGCAAGAAAGAAAGCAUGUUACACAACACAUUAAAAGCAAUGCUGAAUUAGGAAACAUGUACAGAUCUACUAUAUUAUUCCUAUUUUUCCCUUUUUUCUUUCUGCUGUAUAGGUAUUUAUGGAAAUUGCUCAAGUGUUUGAUAUCAAGUAAAAUCAUUGCUCAUUUCCUAAA